AGCUCGACAGCCGGGCGGCUGGAUCGCGCUGAAAGAGAUACAGGCCACGCCAGAGCAGCCGCGGCUGGUGGAGCAAUGGAGAUGCAGUCCUAUUACGCGAAGCUGUUGGGGGAGCUGAAUGAACAGCGCAAGCGGGACUUUUUCUGUGACUGCAGCAUCAUUGUGGAAGGGCGGAUCUUCAAGGCCCACAGGAACAUUCUGUUUGCCAACAGCGGCUACUUCCGAGCCCUGCUCAUUCACUACAUUCAGGACAGCGGGCGGCCCAGCACAGCGUCCCUGGACAUCGUCACCUCCGACGCUUUCUCCACGAUCUUAGACUUCCUGUACUCUGGCAAGCUGGAUCUGUGCGGGGAGAACGUGAUCGAAGUGAUGUCGGCUGCCAGCUACCUGCAGAUGAACGACGUGGUGAACUUCUGCAAGACGUACAUCAGGUCGUCCCUCGACAUCUGCCGGAAGAUGGAGAAGGAGGUGGCAGCGGCGGCAGCGGCGGCCGCGGGGGCUCAUCAGGGUGAUGGUGGAAGCCCUAGUUCAGGCAGGGAAGGAACCUCCUGCGAUGCCAAGAGCUUGGGCUCCUCCACAGCCGAGGGAGAGGAGAGCGUGGGCUGUCCCAGAGAGUCCCCUUGCAGUGACUGCAGAAGCGGCCACCGGCUGGGACAGGUGGUGAAGGACAGCCAGGGCAGCGGCCCCGCUGACCGUGACCUCUCUAUUCUGCCCAAACAGAUAGAGCCCAAGGUGGAGUUUGACGCCGACGAGGUGGAGGUAGAUGGCGGCGAGCCGCUGCCGCCCUAUGCCGCCCCGCUCGGCUUGGCCCACAUGGACGAGGCUCUGCCCGGUGGCCAGGCCGUGGACUUGGCUUACGGUAACUACCACGUGAAGCAGUUCCUGGAGGCACUCCUGCGCAACAGUGUGGUCCCCAGCAAAGACGAGCCAGAUCAUCCCUUUUCUCGGAGUUUGGAGGGAAGACCGGAUGGUGCACCAGGAGCCAUUAGUUCCAUGAUGGAUGUCCACACGGACUGGUAUGGGGAGGACUCAGGUGACGUGCUGGUGGUCCCCAUCAAGCUUCACAAGUGUCCUUUCUGCCCUUACACCGCCAAACAGAAAGGCAUCCUUAAGCGGCAUAUCCGCUCACACACAGGUGAGCGGCCCUAUCCCUGUGAGACCUGUGGCAAGAGGUUCACGCGACAGGAGCACCUGCGGAGUCACGCCCUGAGCGUGCACAGAUCCAACCGACCGAUCAUCUGCAAGGGUUGCAGAAGAACCUUCACGAGUCACCUGUCCCAGGGACUGCGGCGCUUCGGGCUGUGUGACAGCUGCACCUGCGUUACCGACACACACGACGAGGAUGACGAUCUGAUGCCCAUCAACCUUAGCCUGGUGGAGGCUUCGUCCGAAAGCCAAGAAAAAAGUGACACGGACAAUGACUGGCCCAUCUAUGUGGAGUCUGGUGAGGAAAAUGACCCCGCCGGAGAGGAUUCUGAUGACAGACGGCGGAUUCGGUCCUACUUGUCCGAUCGAGAGACACUUACGUAGCAGUCCGUUUCGGUGGGGGAGAGGUUUUAGAAUUUGUUUUUGCUCGUUCUGUGUUCGAAAGCUGCCAUUUGUCCAAUUUUGUGGAGCCCCGAGAGGAACUUUUUUUUUUUUCCACUGUUCCUCUACAUGCAUUUUUGUUAGAUUACAUAUGAAGAUUGGACCUUGUGAGUCGAGGGACUAAUGACUUCUUAGUGGAAUGCCUUGGUUUUGGAGGGCUUUGCUGAGUUAAUUCUGAGUGAGGCAAGGCUGGCCCCAAGGUUCCCCGUUCUUCCUGUCGUGCACCCAAACUCUGGUUAGGAGAGAGAGAAGAAAAUCUCCAUUCUUGUUUUCAUAUUGUCUCACUUGUCUACAUGCCUUUCUUGUCGGUCUUUUUCUCUGUAAAGGUGAGCGAGAAUAGCUCGAGUCGAGUCUCUCUUUUGCCAAGUGUCUCCUAAUGGAUCCCAUAGUUUAGUUUUCUGGUGAAGGCUUAAAGAGAAAGCUUCAUGACAUAAGGCAGGCAGGGCUGUCUGGCUACGUGAUUGUAAAGGUACUUUCUAACUGUAAGCCUGCAAUUUUAAUGACUGAAAGUAUUUAUGUGCACACAAACAUGGAAAUGGAUGAAGAGAUUCCCGGGGUUCUGACUUGCCCAGCUAAAUUAAAUUUGAAGUUAGCCCCUGGGAAGGGAACCUAUGAGCCUGGUUUCCCUGUCCGGUUUGGUAUUUGACAAUCCUACACACACAGAUCACCUGUCUUGCGAUCAUAAAACAAGUCCUUUGGGUGAAAUUCAAAAUACUCCUGCUUUGCCAGCCAUUUUCCAGAGCUGCUGUUGUGUAAUGUGGAAAUGUAGCCGCUGCUCACCGUCUCCUGCUUUGAUUAUGACUAGAACUUUAAUUGGAGGGAAAGUGCAAGCCUCUAUAA